GUGGAUUCGAGGCUACUAGAUCAGCAGCUGCACAUGUAUCUGCGUGUGAUGUGAAGAUCAAGAAUGGUUGGACUUUUUAUCAUUGCCCUCGUGCUUCCAGUUGUGUGCUCAUGUCAAGCCCUGGAGGGAUUGAGACUGGUAGGUAGCAGCUAUAAUCACACUGGAAGGGCUGAAGUGCAGUACAAUGACACAUGGGGUGCAGUAUGUGGAAGUCAGUUACCAUCUCAAACUGCAAAAGCAGUGUGUCGAAACUUGGGGUUUCCAUGGGCAGUCUGUGCUGUUCCCUAUACACAACCCUUCGUGUUAGGACGUAGACCUGACAAUGCAACGGUGUGGAUAAAUAAUGUGAAUUGUGCUGGUGAUGAAACAAGCCUGGACAUGUGCUCCUUCGAUGGAUACGGGGGCAAAAUCUGUACAGGGAGCCCCAUCCAAGUUGUUUGUCAAUCAUUCUCCGCUGUGCAGAGACCAGUGAACAUUAGCCAAAUUGAUGCAUCUUCUACAACUGUCACAGUCGAGUGGAUGGUGCCAGAAAUCCCGAUAGACACCCGUUUUAUUCGUCACAGAGUGUAUGUCUUCGAACAAACUGCAAAUACAUUUAUGAAGCAAUUUGUUACAAGACAGGUCAGGUACUCCGUGAAUCUGGAUCGUAAAUUUAGUGUGGUGAUCCAUUCCUUGGUCAAAAACACUACAUACAAAAUUCAAAUCAGAACUGAAGUGAAAGGUCUGUGUGUACAUCUGCGUGGAAACAGUGGAUUUCUAGUCGGAAGGCGGUCCUUGGUUCAAGUCAAAACUGCUGAAGAGAGAAAAACUCCAAAAUUGCCUCUCAGGCUUAUUCCGCCAGCACCACGAAUUGACUUCAUGGGGAGAGUGGAGGUGUUCUACAAUAAUUCAUGGGGUACUGUUUGCGAUGAUGCGUUCGGUUCUCCAGAGGCUAAUGUGAUAUGCCAAUCUCUGAAUUUUUCUUCAGCACUGUGUCAUGUGCGCGAAGCUGGAUUUGGUCAAGGGUCUGGUCCAAUUUGGAUGGACAAUGUUGAUUGCUCUCAUGGCCAUGAAAUUCUCGAAGAUUGUGACUUCAAUGGAUGGGGUGUUCACAAUUGUCAACAUGAUGCGGAUAUUGGAGUGAUCUGUUUGAAAGAGGAAAACAAAGCCCCGGUUACAAGACUGUCUGUGGAUCAAAUUGGUGCAACAUCUAUCACAGUCAGCUGGAAAAUGUAUCCAUUCCCUCCGGACGUAGUAGAGCCCGAGUUCACAGUUUUUUUCUCUACAAGAGGACAUAGUACUCGAGUGACUGUUCCUGGUACUGAAACCAUGGCAACUGCAACUCAACUCCUCUUUGACAGCACAUAUCGUAUCCAGGUCCGAGCGGAGUACAAAUAUCAAUAUUGCACGAACAAAGUUAUUGGGAAGAUUUCUUUAGCUGUAAGAGCUACUACCGUUGAAACAGCACCGACUGCUCCCCCUACUGCUUUCCAUGUGCUUGCUCUAAAUAGCACAGCGCUCGAGUUUCAAUGGGGAUUUCCACUUUUAGAAUACAGAAAUGGCGUGAUCAAAGGCUACAAGUUAUUCCUAAGACCUGCUGACAAUGAGGAAAUACAAGUCAUUGUUGAUUCUAAUGUCACAACAGAGUACAUAUUUGUUGGGCUCACUCCUAGCACAGGGUAUACCUGCAGUGUGUUGGCAUUCACCAAUGACAAUGGACCCAGGAGUGUGUAUCUCACAGUCAUUACACCUCGAGAAGAUUUCGUCCCCAUAAUAACUGGGUUUGGCCUCAAUGGAGAUGGCUUUGACAGAGCCACUGUGUGGCCAAAUAAUUCUGACAUUCGUGUCCACUGUGACACUCAUGGCGUCAAUGCAGUUGUGACCUGGUAUAAAAGUGAUGGGGCUCCAGUGGGCACCAUGGACCAGAAUCUUAGACAAGUCUCGCAUGAUGAUGACGGCACCAAUGUAUUGCAGAUAGCCAGUAACCGGUUGGUGUCUUAUUGUGACGCAGGAGUGUUCUCCUGUGAGGUACAAAACAGACAAGGGCAGACACAGAGGAGGACUUUCACUCUACUGUUUACUGAUGUGCCUCCUCGCCCAGGCAGUCCAACUGCCCUUCGAGUUACAAAGUCUGCAGUAGUGCUUGCAUGGGACGAACAUCCUUGCGACGGUGGACACAGAAUAUCUGGCUUUACAAUUCGAUACAGAAAUACUUAUCAGGAGUACCUUACAACUACAAAUAUGUAUGUGUACAAUGUGAACCCUUCGUUGAGGAACUAUACAGUGGUGGGACUGGAGCCUUACACAUCGUACAACUUCAGCGUUCAAGCCAUUAGUGAUGAAUAUCUCCCCUCCGAAUUCUCCCUUGAAAACAUCAUUACGACUACUGCUGAAGGACCAUCUCCCCCUCGGUUUCUGGAGGUCGUGAAUCCGGCUCCAAACAUUGUGGAGGUUCGGUGGACUGAGCCGGCUGAGCCGAAUGGAAUCAUCAUCUCUUACACUGUUUAUGCUGUUCAACAACCAGAUAUCAUCCUCGAUGAGGGUCCCCUCACUGAGCACGUGGACCCCAUUGUCAAGAUAUUUUCCGGGAGUACUGGUGCUGCCAACAUCACAGUACCUUUAGCCUCUGUAUACUAUGUGGUGACAGUCACUGCUACUGUGCUCAAUGGUGGGGAUGAAAUUGAAGGGGAGUCGUCAGAAGGAAAACUCAUCUAUGUUCCUGAUCCAGCAAUACCAAUCAUUAGGAAUUUGUUGGUAAGGAGCUCCACCAACUCCUCAAUCACACUGUCAUGGGACUAUCCCACUUCUACUGAUGAGCCGAUUCUGGGAUUUCAGGUGACAUACCACGCAUCUAUUGAAUGGCUGAGUAAAGAAGGGUAUUUGGUUCGAACAGUGGAGUCAAUGAAGCAAGUGUUUGCAUACAAUGUGGCUAAGCUGACUGCUCUGACCCCUUUCACACACUACAUAAUUGGAGUAUCGGUGUUGACGAGUAGAGGAGCUGGAACUGUUGUAGCAAUCAUUGCAGAUACAUUACCAACUACAGAGGAGCGGCUGGCAUUCUUUCAACUCAUGUUGGGGCCAGUCAACAGUUGCACUGGAUGGCAGGUUGAUGCUUCUCGUCACUUGCAAUCACUGCACGUUUCAAUUUUGAGUGUUUUGAAUAACAUUGUAUGCCCUUCCUGUACUCUAAGUGAUAAUAAUAUUCGAAAUGAGGAAAUAAGCUGCAGGGGAGUUCCAAAUGACCAGCAAAUCAUUUACAGAGCAAGGAUUGUUGGGACUGAGAAAUACAGUGCAAGUCACUUAGUUGCCCUUGUUAGUGAUUGGGUUCAGACCAGGAAAGCCUCGAUUUUGGUAGAUUCGUUGAGAUUCCAUGUUGAUCCUCGUUGUGCUACCGCACUGGAUAGCUUAUUGGCACCAGACUGUUUUAUUGUGGAAACAGUGACUUCCAUACCUGUUGAAACUACCACAUCUGCCAGGCCUACGCCCCUGACAGAUGUAUUAACAGGGGGAGAAAUUACAUUCACAGUGACUUCCAUACCUGUUGAAACUAUCACCUCUGCCAGACCUACACCCCAGACAGAUUUAUUAACAGGGGGAGAAAUUGGUGGUUUAAUUAUCGGAUGUAUUAUCGCUAUCCUACUGUCAGUUUUCAUUGUGCUGUUGGUGAUCGUCUUGGUUCGGUACUUCACAAGUGGCUUUAGGGAUAAGAGGCUGGUGGAGGAGGAUGUUCCGGGUCUGACAGUGAGCACGAUUUGUCUUGAUAACCCUGUCUAUGAUUCAGACUCAAAACCUAAGGACAACUAGAAAUGUUUGCUCUAUUUACAUGUGUAUAAUUAUGCAUUGACUAUACUAGCUACUAUUGUUAUUAUUUGUGCCUUCAGAAUACUUAGCCCAAAAUAUAUCUGAUGAUCUUUG